AACAACACGAGCACACGCAGCAAUUGAAGCACCGCGCACAUGCCCACAGCACAGCGCACAAACAGCAACCCUAGCAAUCGCGCAGCAAGCACGCAGCAAGCACGCCAACAAUGGCCGAGCCAGCACCAGCAGCACCGCCCACUGCCCUCCCAGAUGACAGCGAGCAACAGCAGCACGCGGACGCGCAAACAGGCACCAGCAGCGCUCACGCGCCCACCACAAACGGCAGCAGCAGCACAGACGUCGAAAUGAAAGAGGAGCCCGCCGAAACGCCCGCCGCAUCCGAGAUCCCGCCCGUCGACGAGAGCGCCGCAGCAGCGACCGCGACAGCAGCGACAGUAGCACCAGCAGCAAGCAGCACCACGCCCACCGCGCCCGUGCCCCAAACCACCGCCACCACCGCCGUCGCAGCAGCAGCUCCUUCGAUCGCGCCCGCGCCUGCGCCCGCGUCCAAUACCACUGCCGCCGCUGCGCCGCCCACUGCGACGCCGCCCCCUCCCUCCGUAACGCCCGUCCCGGCGCCCAGCACGGGCGCAGCACGCGCGACGGGGUCGCCUCGCGCGUCGGCGCCGCCGCCGGCGGCGUUCCCGAAGGAACCGAAUCCGCAUGGGAGCCCUACGCGGGUGUAUUUGAAUCAGCAUGUCACGCCGCAUUUGCUGGAGGGGAUGAAGCAGCUGGCGCUUGUCGAGCCCGAGAAGCCGUUGAAGUGGCUGUCAGAGUAUCUGGCGCAGAAGAGUAGAGAGGUUGAGGGCGCUUAGGGUUGCCUGCCUAGAAAGACAAUAAUGGAGCUUGGGCGGUGGGACAGGCGUUGAGGAUGGCAUGGGAUGGUAUGGGGUUUGCGGACAUAGGGUCAUGACAGGAUACCCGCCUGUGACGGUUGCAUAGCGAUGGCGUUCGAAUCUGACAUGAGCUCUGAGAAGAGCCAUGGUUUACCCUCAAUAUCAG